UUCGGUAAGAAGUGUAGUUCCGGGAUCUGGAACUACUUCUCAGGAUGGAAAGGAAAAACCUUAAACGGUGUAAGGAUACAACGUGGCUGCACGUCGCUAGCAGGUGCACAACGCAGGGAAAUCACAAAUACGAGACGAGUGAUGGCAUAGCAUAUGGUGUUUUCCCUUUUCGAACGACAGAAGACACGUUCGCCACAAACCAUAACCUUGUGCUUUUACUAAAAUAAUGUCACGAGUGGGUCCUAUCUGCUGACCCCCUUUUUCCAGAGUGACUGUGGUAUUUGCAUAUAGAAGCCAUCCACCAUUUCCACCAAAAUGUCAGGUACCUACACACCAGCCCCUGGUGGGCCAUUCUCUGCUCUCACCCCAAGCAUGUGGCCCCAGGACAUUUUGGCCAAGUACCAUCAAAAAGAGCCCUCAGAAGAGCCUGAACUCCAAUAUGAUGAGUUUGGCUUCAAAAUGGACACUGAAGACCAUGGAAAGCCCAGGUCCUGGCUGGGCGCUGAAGGCUCACCCCAUUGUGAAGACCCACAGCAGCGAUUGCGCUGGCAAGCCCACCUGGAGUUCACCCACAACCACGCGGUGGGUGACCUGACCUGGGAGCUCAUAGAUCCCGUACUCCCACGCUCGGAGCGGCUGCGUUCCCUGGUGCUUGGUGGCAUACCUCACAGCAUGAGGCCACAGCUAUGGAUGCGUCUGGCUGGAGCACUGCAGAAGAAGAGGACUUCUGAGAUUUCUUACAGAGAAAUCAUUAAGAACAGUUCCAAUGAUGACACCAGCACAUCAAAACAGAUAGAGAAGGACCUAUUGCGGACUAUGCCAACCAAUGCGUGUUUCUGUAGUCUGACCAGUGUUGGAGUGCCGAGGCUGAGACGGGUACUAAGAGGCCUAGCCUGGCUCUACCCAGACAUUGGGUACUGUCAGGGCACUGGCAUGGUGGUUUCCUGUCUGCUGCUCUUUCUUGAGGAGGAGGAUGUGCUAUGGAUGAUGUGUGCACUGAUUGAAGACCUCCUUCCUCCAUCUUACUUCUCCUCCACUCUGUUGGGCGUCCAAACGGACCAGAGGGUUCUUCGCCAGCUCAUUGUUCAGUACCUGCCAGCCCUCGACCGUCUUCUGCAGGAUCAUGACAUAGAGAUGUCUCUGAUCACACUGCAUUGGUUCCUGACAUCAUUUGCCAGUGUGGUGGACAUCCGUCUGCUCCUUAGGAUCUGGGACCUGCUCUUCUACCAGGGUUCAUUGGUGCUCUUCCAGGUCACACUGGGCAUGCUCAAGAUCAAGGAGGAGGAGCUUGUAUCAUCGGAGAACUCUGCGUCCAUUUUUAAUACUUUGUCGGACUUGCCAAGCCAGCUGAGAGAUGGGCCAGCAGUUCUCGGGGAGGCUAUGAGACUAGCAGGGACACUAUCUCAGGAAACAUUGGAAGCCCACCGGCACAAGCACCUGGCCUAUAUAUUAAAUGAACAGACGCAGCUCAACAAUGGGAACACAGCACUCAACACCAAUCUCAAUAAGGUGGUGAGGAGACAGUCCCUGCGCAGGAAGUCCACCCUGAGCUCCCUGCUGUUUGGGGAGGAUGAGGCAGAGGCCCUGAAAUCCAAGAACAUUAAGCAGACAGAGUUGGUGGCAGCCUUACGAGAGGCCAUAUCCCGUACUGCAGAGCACUUCCACUGUCUGGACCCACGUCACUCCAGCACUGACCUGACUCCUGACUACUCCAUGGAGAGCCACCAGCGAGAUCAUGAAAACUUUCUUGUAGUUUCUCGAAACCGACGGAGACGGGCAAAGGCUUUGCUGGACUUUGAGCGUCAUGAUGACGAUGAACUGGGCUUCAGGAAGAAUGACAUCAUCACUAUCAUCUCACAGAAGGAUGAACACUGUUGGGUUGGAGAGCUUAAUGGCCUCAGAGGGUGGUUUCCAGCUAAGUUUGUGGAGAUCCUAGAUGAAAGAAGCAAAGAGUACUCAUUAGCAGGUGAUGACUCUGUGACCGAGGCAGUGACAGACGUGGCCAGGGGCACACUGUGUCCGGCCCUAAAGGCCAUCUUUCAGCACGGUCUGAAGAAGUCAUCUAUACUGGGAGGGCCUUGCCACCCUUGGUUAUUUAUAGAAGAGGCGGCCAGUAGAGAGGUUGAGAGGGACUUCAACUCUGUUUACUCCAGACUGGUUCUGUGUAAAACCUACAGGUUAGAUGAAGACGGGAAAGUACUAACACCAGAAGAGCUGUUAUACAGAGCGGUGCAGUCAGUCAACAUGAGCCACGAUACAGCACAUGCUCAGAUGGAUGUCAAAUUCAGGUCACUUGUCUGCGUCGGCCUAAAUGAGCAGGUGCUGCACCUAUGGUUGGAGGUGUUGUGCUCUAGCAUGGCUGCUGUAGAGAAAUGGUAUCAUCCAUGGUCAUUCCUUCGCAGUCCUGGAUGGGUACAGAUCAAGUGUGAGCUCAGGGUCCUAUCAAAGUUCGCCUUCAGCCUUUCCCAAGAUUGUGAACUACCCGACAAGAAAGAGAAGUCCACUAUUCUGAAAGCCGAAGUUAUCGAUGUGCUGGUUCAGCAUCACCUCUUUAGUUGGGACCUCUAGGAGAAGGAGCAGAGACCACUGAAAGAGGGAGUGCAGGAUAUGUUGGUGAAACAUCAUCUCUUCAGCUGGGACAUUGAUGGCUAGACACACAGCAAAACACGUCUGAAUCCUAUUUUGUCCUGCGUGUUUUUGUAUAUUUGAUGUCUCUUCAACUGUUUCUUACAGACUGUCAAUUAUAAAUUAGACAUUAUUGUCUGCUACAGUAAACGACUACUUCACAGACUGUCACCUUUCAGCAUUGGACAAAGGUUGACUAAUUUGUAUGUGCUGAAGCAUUUGUGCUUUAAGGUGCAUACUGGUAAUUCAGACCUAUUGUAGGAUGUUGCACUACAUGGUAAAAACUUCAUAUACUAAAAAAACCCGCUGUAGUACAGAAUAGUCUGUACCCAUGGGACCGGUGGACCCAGUGCGUCCAAACACUAUUUCUUCAGCACUCGCUGCUCUGGCAAUUCAGCUUUUCAUAGCUAACUUUAAGUAAGUGCAAGAGUGAAUAAUUCUCUUGCAUCAGCUGUGUGCUUACCAGCAUGUCAUUACCAUGACAAAAACUGGGCCUUUUAACAUGGUCCGAAAUGCCACAGUACCCCAUAAAUUCCCAAAUAUUAAGACCAAAACAGAACAUUCCUAAAUAUGGAGCUGUGAAGUUACAAACUAUUUUUGAGAGGAUUACCUCACUAUCAUGAAUUCCACAAACUAUUUCAUUAAAUACUAUUGUUGCACAUGCCAAGGAAAGCCUUUCAAAAUUGUAAUACAAGACUAUGAGUAUGUGUGCUACCUUAACAUUGGUAGUGAACAAAAAUGCACUUGUAUGACAAUAAAGAUAAACUUUUUUUGUGUUACAAUUUAUAGUAAAUACAUGUUGCAUAUCAUUUCUAAUGUUUUGUAAAUAAUGUAAACCUAUUUUGCUUGUCACUAAAUGUGCCCCUGUAGGUUAAAGAAAUUCAACAUAGGACUUUAUCAUUCUUACUUAUCUCCAAACCAACCUUUAGUUCUGACUUACAGCUGCACAUACAUCAGAAAACAGGGAGAUAUCUGUUUUAUUUAUUCAAAUUGUUGGCCAUUCUUGAUAAUGGUAGACUGUAAAGUAGGGACUCGAGGUUUAUAUAACAAUUCAACUUGUGAGACAUGUUUUUGUUCAAAAUAUAUAUACAUAUACAGUAGUUUUUAUUUUCUAGUUUUUGGAUACUUUGCUGUAGCAAAUAUUUUGUUGUAUUGUUUUUUUUAUUCCUGCCACGCUAAUUAGAUCUUUCAGAUGUUGCGCUUGAAAUUUCUUUGACUUAAAGUGUUAACUGUAACUUCCCCGUGUGCAGACAUUUCACAUUUGUAGCUAUUUUAGCCUAUGUGUAAAUCACAUAUUGAUUAUUAAACCUUUACAAUCAGAAAACACAAGAAUACUCUGCUUCCUGGUGUCUACUUAAAGAAGAUCCAGCCUGCAGUUGCCACUUUCCCUCUGUAACACAUGGAACUGAUAGGAAUACACAACCCUCAAAUCUGUUUUCCUGUAACAUUAUUUCAAGUUAAAAAAAAACGUUUUGCUCUAACAAACAAAAUGUAUAGUAUUAACAUGUCAUUUGAGAAAAGUGCACAUAGAAAAAUAAACACUGUUUAAAAGUUCAGGAAAGGAUGUUUAUUAAUGGUAAGUUUUUCAUCCGCAAAGUGUUUAAAAUGUCACAACAUGUUAACAGCAACAGGCCUAACGCAUGGGGUACUAGAGUUACAAGUAGCACUGCAAUUACUGCAUGUCUUAUAAUCAUAAGCAACUUUGCUUGACAAGCUAUUGUGCUGUAUUUGUUUGUACUGCCACUGUUUGUAUAAGGAUUGUAACACGGCCGACACUGGAAGCAUGGUAGAUACCGCUGAAUCGAAGCAUGCAAGUGGGAGUGGGUUGAACGAUCGAUGACCAUCAGUGAACCUUCUGCAUGUAUGCCAAAUAAAUAACUAUUAUAAAAUG